CAUAAAGAGUCCACCGACAGUUCAAACUAGCUGCUUAAGACGCGCCCACUUUCUUGUGUUGUGCAUUUUUGCAAGGAGAAGAGAGAGUGGAUCUGCUCUGCGUUUCAUGAGAAGGGAACACUUGUUGUUACUCGAUAAAAGUCAGUUAAAACUCGCUUGGAAAUGGUACUGCCAAGAGUUAUCCGUGCUGUCAUCAUGGGACCCCCGGGGUCGGGGAAAGGAACUGUGUCUGGGCGCAUUACCAAAACUUUUGGGCUGAAGCACAUUUCCAGUGGGGACAUUUUGAGAGCCAACAUCAACGCGCAGACCGAGCUGGGGCUGCUAAUGAAGUCCUGUAUUGAUCAGGGUCAGCUGGUGCCUGAUGACGUCAUAUCUCGUCUCAUCCUGAAUGACCUGAGGGCAAUAGAUGGCAGAAGCUGGCUGCUUGAUGGUUUUCCUCGUACAGUGUCCCAAGCAGAAGCUCUGGAUGAUGUCUACACCUUGGACACAGUUAUUAACCUCAAUGUACCUUUCCAGACCAUCAAGCAAAGGUUGACUUCACGUUGGACUCACCUUCCGAGUGGCAGAGUAUACAACACAGAUUUCAACCCGCCUAAAGUCCCUGGCUUUGAUGAUGACACAGGGGAGCCUCUUUUCCAGAGGGACGAUGACAGACCAGAGACGGUGACACGGCGAUUGAAGUCUUACGAAACCCAGACGGAGCCCGUCUUAGAAUACUACAGGAGUAAAGGUGUGCUAGAGACCUUCUCUGGGACAGAAACCAAUAAGAUAUGGCCACAUGUUGAAGUUUUCCUUCAGAGAAAAUUGUCUUCAAUCAAUCAAAAAGUUGAAUAGAAAGCCUGAGAAGAGUUUAUCGACAGAAACCACUGUGUGCAUUGUCCAGUCAAAAUGCCACUUUUGCAUUAAACAAAGGGAGUAAUAUAUUCUGAAUGUUUUAAAACGGGGAUAACACUCAUCUUAUGUGUACAGGAGUACACAACAGUAAAAUGCCACCUAAAACAAAACAUAAGCUUAGUUUGGUAAUGUUUCCACGAUGCUGACAUUGGUUUUUGAACGUCUCAGGUUGUGUGCAAAAUCUUUUAAACAGUAGUUGUUAGACUUUGCACAGAUUGCCUCUUCACUCCAAUAGUGUGCCUUUUUAUGAAGCAAGCAGAAAACUGAGUGACUCCAAUAUUAAGGCUAUUAACAGUAAGUGAAGGCUGCGUUUGCAGAGUAUAACAGCUUGACGUGUGCCGGUGAAUGCAGCCAGUUUUUAAGGAAAGCGUAAAGUCUUAGCUUUUCUAAUUAUAAUCAUUACUUCCUUUCUUGUUUGAUUCUGAUGAAU